AUGCAACAUCCAGAAGUAAAGUGGGCGCAAAGAAGCUCAGAAACUGAAGCAGAGAAGAAUCUACUCUUCGUCACUAUUAACUUGAGUGACAUUGAAGGCACACCAAAGCUCGAUUUGACUCCGGAGAAGAUAAGCUUUCAAGCAACAUCAAACGGCAAGGAAUAUGGAUUUGAGAUAAACUUGUUUGAUAGCGUACUCGACAAGCCAAUCAGAGUAAACAGGACUGGUAAGGGUAUUACACUCACGCUGCUCAAAUCCACACCAAGAGCUGAGUACUGGCCACGCUUGCAGAAGGAGAAAGUCAAGCUUCCUUUUGUUAUCGUUGAUUGGUCACUCUACGUCGAUGAGGACGAGCAGGAAGACAGUGUACAAGAGCCAAACCCUAUGGAAGGUAUGGAUAUGCCUGGUGGUGAAGGUGGUGGUCAAAUGGAUCUCCAAGCUAUGAUGCAACAACUUGGCCAAGCACAAGGCGGCGGUGGUGAGCAGCCAGACGAAGAAGAAGAUGAAGAAAAGAAGCCUUGA